UGACCUCAACUGUUGUGACUCUCUCGACUUACCUACCAUUUCCUUAACUGUAAUUUCACCAUUACAAAAUUACUGGAUUGACAUUUUGCCACAGGAGCUCGACAGUGUUGAUAAAUUGUGUUAUUAAUAACGAAAAUGGCUGCUGCGGUGUUACAGACGAGGAUAACCGCCAUAUUGGACGUGUUAACGAAAGCAGCAGUGGCGGAGAUUAGCCAGCUUAUUCAGGACGACAGCGCUGUGUAUCACCGGGAAAUGAAACGAAGGGAGGAUGAAAUUGAGGGACUGAAGAAACGGCUACAGGUCACCGAGAAAGAGUUGAAGAAAGUGCAGGCUACGGUGUUAGCCAGGUGUUCAGUCGGUGUGCAGGUCGAAACGCUGGCUACAGAUUUGAUGGCAUGCAGAAAAGAAUCGCUACCUGUGAACCAUGUGGAAACAUUCAAAAUGAGUUCAGCGCAAGAGCUCAAAGAAGAGAAACCACAGCUUCCUGACAAAACGUUGGCAUCUGCGCACCAUAUCGCAAAAGAACCCAGAGCUCUACCGGCAAAGCAAAGAGAUCCAAGGUCUGAUGAAGAUGAGUUCAGCAGCCUGGAAUUUGAAAUGAAAAUUGAGCAGGUGGAAGAGCUUGUAGAUCAGGAGCUGAGUUUUUCACGAGCAGAUUACAGCAUGGCAGAUCCAAACAUCCGGGAUCCAGAUCCUAGCUCUGAGCACAAAGCAGACCAGAGAGACACGCAUUUGUGGCCGUCCAUGGACGACAACGCAGCAAACGAGUUCUCCAUUCCUGAUGGCUGUAUCGGGUUAGAGCAGUAUGAACAGAUUCCCACAGACCAGUGUCUGGCCCAGGUGAUGAAGGAUCCUCUGAACUUGCACCCUGACAACACGUCCAGUAAUAAACACGUUGAUUCGUUUGGUUCUGUACACGUCAGGAUUGACAGAGAAAUGCACUUUGAAGGCAACAUCGCAAAAGACUCUGAAUAUGGACAGAUUAGAGACAGUCUGGGUCACGUCAAAGCAUCAAGGCCAACAAACAGCAACAAGCACAGACACUCGUUCAGUGCAGUGCCGCGCUCACAUGCACAUUUAUCCAGCAGUACUUUCUCAAUGCCGGACAUGGUUCCUAUGCGGCAAAACACACAAGCUAGCCAUGUCGGGUCAAAGCCCUUUCGUUGUGAGGAAUGCGGUAAAGGCUUUACCCAGAGGAUGAGACUGAUCACGCACAAGAGAAUACACACGGGUGAGAAGCCGUACCAUUGCCAGCUCUGUGGCAAGAUGUUUUCACGGCAGGAUAACUGCCUCAGGCAUGUACGCCUACACAGUGCACAAGGGUGGUAAAGAAGCACCUUUGAUUGUUGGGUUGUGUUUCUAAUAAUUAUAAGUACUGUAAUGAUGAGAGAUCUUUAUUUCCUGUAGAUCAUCACAAAAGAUUACUAUAUAUCUAAUGAACAAAAAGACUCUGCGUCCUCCAGUGGCUGGCUCUGGUUCAGUUUUUACCAUGCCCACAACUAGGUUUUUAGCUUUUCCCCAUAGUCGGAUUUUGAUCUUUGUGCGUUUUUAUUCUCUGUUUCAAAUUGAUAUUUUGUGAUACACCCUUCAUACAAUGUGUUCUAAAUUCCAAGACUUGUAAUAUACAUUAUUCAGGAGUAAUGCAGGGCUACAUCCCAAACCACAUAAUGUGUAGUACGUAGGACAUCAUUGAUGUAUUGAAAAAAUAUUUUGUAAUUUUUAUAUACAUAUAUAUAGUGUGUAUAUGUGUAUGUAUGUGUAUAUAUAUAU